AUGCCAGCCUCUUCCUCUCAGAAGGAUACUCAGACAGCUGUGAUAUGUGUCUUGUAUAGCUGCGGCGCGUCGGCUGGAUCCAAUCCAGCAUACUUGAAAGCUGCGCGCGACCUGGCACAACACUUUUACGAAAACGACAUCCGGCUCGUGUACGGUGGAGGGACCUCUGGUUUGAUGGGGCAAUUAGCCAAGGAAUUGGUCUCUCUUUCAGGUCCCCAGGCCGUGCAUGGCAUCAUCCCUAGGGCACUGCUUCGCGUUGAGCAAGGAUAUCAAGGCGACGACAAUGAUCUCAGCCCUUCUCUGCACGAUGAAGCGGGCAAGGUCGAGCGGGUCAUUGGUAGCGGGGGACCAUCGUCAUCAGUCGAAUACGGCUCAGUCACGGUAGUUCCUGAUAUGCACACACGCAAGCGUCUGAUGGCAGAAGAAGUCCGCAAUGGUGGCCCGGGAUCCGGAUUCGUGGGGCUCCCUGGAGGGUUUGGCACCAUUGAGGAAAUCAUGGAAAUGACCACCUGGAAUCAGCUGGGAAUCCAACGCACGGGUGUUGUCUUGUUGAACAUCAAUGAAUACUGGGACGGCCUCCUGCUUUGGGUUCAGGCGGCAGUAGCAGAGGGAUUCCUAUCUCGAGAGGAUGCUAGGAUCCUUGUACAGAUUCAGCAGCCCAACCAAGUGUUUGCGGCGCUUGGCCAGUAUAGACUCAGCAAGGACAGGUUGCACCUGGUCUGGGGCGACGAGUGA